AUGAGUAAAGAGGAAGAAGAGGCCUCUUCCUCUUCUUCUGCUGCAGAAGACAGCAGCGGCAGCAGCAGCUCGGACUCCGAGUCGGGCGAGCAGCAGCAGCAGCAGCAGCAGCAGCAGCAGCAGCAGCAAAGAGAGAAAAAGAGUAAAAGCAAAAGCAAAAGAGCAGCAGAAAAAACAAAAAGCAAACGGCAGCAAGCGAGAGAAAGAGCAGCAAAACGCAGAAGGGGAGUCAGCGCUUUCCUCGAUGUCGAGGCGCAGGUUGGAGAUGAAGAAGAAGAAGAAGAACUCGACGAAUUCAUAGACCCUAGCGAAGCCCGCGAGGCUUCGCGGUUAGCAGCAAAAGCAGCAGAAGCGCGGCGGCUGUCGCAGCAGCAGCAGCAGCAGCAGCAGCAGCAGCAGCAGCAGCAGCAGCAGUGGGGCCGCCGCGGCGGCUCCGCCCAUCUCGUUUCUGCUAUUGACUCUCUCACGAGAAGAUAUCAAGACCAAUCUUUUGAAGAAGGAGAAGAAGACGAAGAUGACUUCGACGACGCAGAGGCCCUCGACUAUGACGAAUCCGCUGAGGCCAACAUCCUGCCGGACAUGCGGGACCCCAAGUUGUGGAUGGUUCGUUUGAAUAAGAGCGGGACGGAGCGGCAAGAAGUAAUUGCCAUUUUAAAUAAAUGUUUUCUUCACGCCAAGCAAGGAGUGGAUUUGCAAAUUUAUUCUGUCUUCGCCUCCGAUGACACCAAAGACUACCUCUACGUGGAGGCCGAGAGCCAGUUCGCAGUCAAAGAAGCUCUUCGAGGGUUUAGGAAUUAG